AUAUUGAAUAGAAAAAAGUAUUAUCAAAUCAUCAUCAUAAUCAUGUCUUCAAAAAAGUGUAUUGUUUUCCUCAUUAUUCUGCUUUCCAUCAUCACUACCAGUCCUCUAGCCCAUGCUCAAUUACCCAUUCUUGGUCCCAUUUUUGGUCCCAUUCCCAUUGUUGGUCCUAUUCUUGGUCCCAUUCUUGGUCCCAUUGUUGGCCAACCCAUUAGACCACCGAUUGUACCACCGGUUGCCCAAGUACCACCGGUUGGUCAAGUACCACCCAUUGUUGGACAAGUACCACCCAUUGUACCACCCAGUGUUGGCCAAUUGGCACCCCUUCUUAACCAACUAUUACCAUCCCUUCUUAACCAACUAUUACCACCCAUUGUUGGAAGAUUAUUACCACCCAUUCUUAACGAAGUAUUACCAGGCAUUGUUAGCCAGCUAAUACCACCCAUUGUUGGUCAAGUACCAUCUAUUGUGCCACCCAUUGGUCAAGUACCACCCAUUGUACCACCCGUUGGUCAAGUACCACCCAUUCUACCACCCGUUGGUCAAGUACCACCCAUUGUACCACCCGUUGGUCAAGUACCACCCAUUCUACCACCCGUUGGUCAAGUACCACCCAUUGUACCACCCGUUGGUCAAGUACCACCCAUUCUACCACCCGUUGGUCAAGUACCACCCAUUGUACCACCCGUUGGUCAAGUACCACCCAUUCUACCACCCGUUGGUCAAGUACCACCCAUUGUACCACCCGUUGGUCAAGUACCACCCAUUCUACCACCCGUUGGUCAAGUACCACCCAUUGUACCACCCGUUGGUCAAGUACCACCCAUUCUACCACCCGUUGGUCAAGUACCACCCAUUGUACCACCCGUUGGUCAAGUACCACCCAUUCUACCACCCGUUGGUCAAGUACCACCCAUUGUACCACCCGUUGGUCAAGUACCACCCAUUCUACCACCCGUUGGUCAAGUACCACCCAUUGUACCACCCGUUGUUGGCCAACCAGCUAAUAUAACUAUACGGGGUGUUGUGUCUUGCUCCACAUCGGGAAAUGCCCCAGGCCCCGGAAUUGGUGGAGUAAAUGUCGCCAUUAUUUGUGGCAACACAACCCUUGCUCAAGUGAUCACAAAUGUUGAAGGUUUAAUAAAUGUUACAUUGAGCACCAAUACAAAUAUUUUGUUUGGAAAUACUUCAACUCUUUCAUGUGUUGCAAGGGCUGCUCUCCCAAUUGUUAAUUGUACUGUGUUGCCCACCUCAGGAAUUCUUCAAGCUCCCCUCAUGCUUGUUGGAAACAUCGUUCAGGGUGUGAGUGGUGUAGUUUUAUCAGCACUUGUGGGGACAUUUAAUUUAGUAGCAGUUAUGAUAUAGUCAAGCUUGGUCAUUUCUAUUUCUCCACUCCUUAAUAAUGCAUGACUCUUUCACUUAAUAAAUACCUAAAUAAAUACUCAUAUCAUAUGGAAUGAGUAUAAAAGGUCAUGUGUGUUUAUGUUAACUAUUAUCUUAUUAUAUAUAUAAUAAAUAAAUAAAUGGUGUGGGUGGAUAAUUAACUA